AAAAAAAAAAAGUAAAAAAAAGUCUAUGCGCGUGGUUCGCACCCUCUUUGUGUCUAAAAUCUAUUUCUUUCUCUUUGUCUUUCUCUCUCUCAUGGAGGCGGCCAAGAACUGCUAUUCCGACCUCGCCAAAAUUUAGUAGAAGAGACUUGGUUUAUUUUGAGCUAUUUCUGUCUACGGGGUGCUUCAGAAAACGGUGUCGUUUACUGAGAUCUGAUUGAGUGCUAUGGAGGAGGAUAAAGGUGCGCUGGUGCAGAGCUUGAUCGACGCCGUGAGCGAGAUUGCUUCGAUCUCCGAGUACAGAUUCUCCAUCAAGAAGCAGUACUGUAAUUUGGCGAGGAGGUUGAAGUUGUUAACUCCAAUGUUCGAGGAGAUUAGGGACAGCAAAGAGGUUCUUCCGGAAGACACCGUUAAAGCCUUGGUCUCUUUCAAAGAUGCUCUUCAAUCAGCUAAGGAAUUGCUCAGAUUCGGUAGCGAAGGAAGCAAGAUUUACCUGGUCCUAGAGAGGGAGCAAAUUAUGAAUAAGUUCCAGGAGGUGACGACCCAAUUGGAACAAGCUUUGAGUGGAAUUUCCUAUGAAAAUCUUGAUAUAUCAGAUGAAGUUAAAGAGCAGGUUGAGCUUGUUCUUGCUCAGUUCAGAAGAGCCAAAGGAAGGACUGAUGCACCCGAUGUGGAGCUGUAUGAAGACCUCUUAUCCCUUCACAACGACAAUGAUGCAGCGAAAGAUCCAGCUGUCGUGAGAAGAUUGGUUGAAAAGAUGCAGUUGAUGGGGAUUGAUGAACUUACGCAAGAGUCUCUAGCUUUGCAUGACAUGGUUGCUAUUAGUGGUGGGGAUCCUGGGGAGAGCAUAGAAAAAAUGUCAACGCUACUGAAGAAAAUUAAAGAUUUUGUGCAAACAGAAAACCCGGAAAUGGAAGCUCCUGCAAGAGAAAAGGGUGCUCCUGCCAGUUGCAGUGGACACACAUCCACAGAUAAAAACCACAAGGUCCCAGUUAUACCUGAUGAUUUUCGCUGUCCAAUAUCACUGGAAUUGAUGAAGGAUCCAGUCAUUGUUUCAACAGGGCAGACAUAUGAACGUUCCUGUAUUGAGAAGUGGCUUGAAGCAGGCCAUGGAACGUGCCCAAAGACACAACAGUCUCUUUCCAGCACUGCCCUCACACCAAACUAUGUCCUACGCAGCCUCAUAGCCCAAUGGUGCGAGGCAAAUGGUAUUGAACCUCCAAAGCGACCUAGUAGUUCUCGACCCAAUAAAACAACAUCUGCCUGCUCACCUGCUGAACGUACUAAGAUUGAACUUCUCCUGCGCAAGCUCACAUCUGGGAACCCUGAGGACCAGAGAUCUGCUGCUGGAGAAAUCCGUCUUCUAGCCAAGCGUAAUGCUGAUAAUCGUGUGGCUAUUGCUGAAGCUGGUGCAAUCCCUCUCCUUGUAGACCUCCUUUCAACGCCUGACUCGCGCACUCAAGAGCAUGCUGUAACGGCUCUUCUUAACCUUUCUAUUUGUGACAAUAACAAGGGAAGCAUCAUAUCCUCUGGGGCAGUUCCUGGCAUAGUUCAUGUACUCAAGAAAGGGAGUAUGGAAGCUCGUGAAAAUGCAGCUGCCACUCUCUUCAGUCUUUCAGUUGUGGAUGAAAAUAAGAUUACAAUUGGUGCUUCGGGAGCCAUUCCACCACUUGUGACACUCUUGAGUGAAGGUACCCAGAGGGGGAAGAAAGAUGCUGCAACAGCACUCUUCAACUUAUGCAUUUACCAGGGGAACAAGGGGAAGGCAGUAAGGGCUGGUGUUGUUCCCACACUAAUGCGCUUGCUGACAGAACCUGGAGGAGGAAUGGUGGAUGAAGCACUGGCCAUUUUGGCAAUACUGGCUAGUCAUUCUGAAGGGAAGGCAGCCAUUGGAUCUGCAGAUGCAGUGCCAGUUCUGGUGGAGGUCAUAGGGAGUGGAUCCCCGCGCAACAAAGAGAAUGCAGCUGCAGUUUUAGUGCACCUUUGUGCAGGUGACCAUCAACAUCUAGUACAGGCCCAGGAGCUUGGUGUGAUGGGUCCGCUAAUUGAUUUGGCACAAAAUGGUACAGAUAGAGGGAAGCGAAAGGCUUCACAGUUGCUUGAGCGUAUGAAUAGAUUUGUUGAGCAACAGAAGCAGGCUCAGGCUCAGGCUCAGGCUCAGACACAGCAGUCGCAGACACCCUCCACGGCAAAUGCUGUUGAUGUCUGAGGGUUUUUGUUUUUCCUUUCGGUUGCUUGGUUUUUCUUUUGUUCUCAUUAUCCAAAGGAGGUGGCGCUCCGGCAUGGGAAGGUGGAAGAUCACCUAUCCAAUCUGUAAGUUAUUCAUUUGUUUGUGUGGGAAUGAGGAACUAUACCUUUCAAGAGAUUCUUCAAAAAGAGCAUCAGGGAUUGGGGUAGAGAAGUGAAAAAGGCAGAAGGGCUGAGAUAUAUAUAUACAUAUAUAUAUUUCUGACAUAUAUGUGAAAAAAUGUACCAUUUGUAACAUUGUAAUCAUCCUCAGUUUUUAGUGAAGAGAUGUUUCAUGUAAUUCAAACCAAUCGUCUGCCAUAAUUCUGGAUUCUGUGUAAUGGUGACAGAAUGAGGGAAAAAGAAAUCGAACACGAAGCAUUGAAAUUGAUGAUA